AUGGAGGUGAGCAGCACAGCCGGCAGCCGCGAAAGACGCCGGCGUCAUGCGAAAACACUGCGACUCAGAGCUGGGGUGGGGUUGGGUUGGGUUGGGUGGGGUGGGUGGGAUGGGUUCAGGUUUGUCACAGUUUUUGCCGAUGGGGCGGGUGAGUUGGAGGCGCGCUGGCGACGAGCUGGCGGCGGGUGCGUGUCGAGCGGCCGGCCAGCGGCUGGGGCCUGCGAGGCGGUGCGGACGCGCGGGGCGAGCGGCUCGAGCAGGCGGGUCGCGGUGCCAGACGGCGCUGGCUGUGGAUCAGAGUGGAGCACUGCACGAAAUUGCCCGCUUGCGCGACCGGGCCGUGUGCGUGUGCGUGUGCGUGGUGUGCGGGCCGGCGGGCAAAAGGCGUGCCAUCCGGGCCGCCUCGAGUGCGAGCAGGAGGUGCCUGUCCAAUUAAGCGCCAAUCAGCUGGCCUGCGUCAAACCAACCACCUCAGGCGAGAAGACGGCCUCUCAAAUAGGCCGCUAUUGUUGCACUACCUUGCAGGCCGGUUUGAUGGAACGGAAUGACGCGUGA